CCCCCAGCCCCGGUCUCGGGGAUCGCGGCCCGGCCCGAGGAUGCGGGAAGGGCUGGCGCUGCCCGGCGGAACCCCGGUGCCCGGGUUCCUGGCGAAGCUGUGGGCGCUGGUGGAGGAUCCGCAGAGCGAUGAUGUGAUCUGCUGGAGCAGGAAUGGCGAGAACUUCUGCAUUCUGGAUGAGCAGAGGUUUGCCAAGGAGCUGCUCCCCAAGUACUUCAAACACAACAAUAUCUCCAGCUUCAUACGCCAGCUUAACAUGUAUGGUUUCAGGAAGGUGAUUGCUCUGGAGAAUGGCAUGGUUACAGCAGAGAAGAGCUCGGUCAUUGAGUUCCAGCACCCUUUCUUCAAGCAAGGAAAGGCACAUUUGCUGGAAAACAUCAAGCGCAAGGUAUCUACAGUAAGAACUGAGGAUCUCAAGGUCUGUACAGAGGAUUUGCACAAAGUACUCUCUGAAGUCCAGGAAAUGAGAGAGCAGCAGAGCAACAUGGAUAUCAGACUGGCCAACAUGAAGAGAGAAAAUAAGGCCCUGUGGAAAGAAGUGGCAGUUCUAAGGCAGAAGCACAGUCAACAACAGAAGCUGCUGUCUAAGAUUCUUCAAUUUAUACUAAGUUUGAUGCGAGGAAAUUAUAUUGUUGGGGUCAAAAGAAAAAGGUCUCUGACGGAUGCUGCAGGUGCUUCUCCCUCCAAGUACAGUCGCCAGUACGUGCGCAUUCCCGUGGAGAGCGGCCAGGCCGUGGCUUUUUCUGAACAUGAUGCAGAUGAUGAGGAUGGGAAUGGUACAGGUCUCAUCAUUCGAGAUAUCACUGACACCCCGGAGAAUGCCACCAACGGCCUCCUUGCUGUGGCACACACGAGUGGCAGAGCCAGGGAGACCCAGGCAGCUCUGGAUCCUGACUUACCUCUUUGUCAAGUAUCGCAGCCAAAUGAGUUAAACUGUGCAGAACCUAUCCCACCUCUUCAUAUAAAUGAUGUCAGAAAAUCCAGUGAAAUGGAAAAUGUUGCUGUGGAACUCCAUUCUGCACAACUGAGUACUCCAGAAGACCCUGUGUCAGUGAUUGACUCCAUCUUGAACGAGAACAACUCUGGAAACCAAAAUGAUCCCUUACUGGACAGAGAAGAAAUUCAGGAUUUUCUUAACUGCAUUGAUGCCAGCCUUGAAGAGCUUCAAGCAAUGCUGUCUGGGAAGCAGUAUAACUUUGGUUCUGAAGCUUUGAGUGAUACACUUAAUCCUGAGCUGCCAGCCCUGGAUAUAAGCUUAAUGGAAACUUCUCCUGGUAUGGAAAAUAUUGCAGACUUGACAGAAGGCACUGAAGACCUGGGAGUGAAUGAGAGAGAAACAGCAGGAAGCAAAGAUAUGCAGCUGAUACAGUACAGGGCCAACCCUCUGCUUUCAUUAUUUGAAGAACUACCUUUGAGUGAAGCUGUAGGAAAGACAGAGGAUCUGAAAAACUUUCUGCUGCCCCAGACGGAGGAGAAACCUGCUCUUCACCCUUCAUCAGCCCUGUUGCUAGCUUCAUAGAAGAGGCCUCUGAGAUAGAAACUUCUUGAGCUUAAGAAGGUCAAGAAGUUUGACCUCUGGCCUCUCCUGCUUCCCGGGUGUCAUUUUCUGCAUAAACAGAAGAAAGUUCUCUUUCUACAAGCAAAGAGCACAUCUGGAAAAGCUGAAAAUAAGCUCAAAAAAGAGCUGGUGGAAGUGAAGGCACUGGAUGGAAGGGAAGAACAAGCUCCCUGUAAACAUACUACAGCAUAUUCCAUAACUUUUUAUCCAAUAUUCUAUUGCAAGAGGAAAUCUGUUUGUAUCCUGUUUGUAAAGUUUAGCUGUUUGGGAUUUUUUUUGUUUGUUUUGUUGGUUUGUUGGGUUUUAUAUUAGCUGGAUAGAAUGUGGAGUGUAAUAUUUUAAACAUGGGUUUUACUCUUUCCAAGAGCCUGUUUCAAUAGGUGGUUUGCCUACUGUUUGGAAUUAAGAUGGUUUUUUUUUGUUUUUUUUUUUUUUUUUUUUUUUUUGAGAUUUGUUUUUUGAUAGCUUGUGGCUACAGUUUGCAUCUGCUUAGGUCACUUUCGUACUCCUAGAUUUGCUCCUAGGUACAGGGAACGUUUUUCCUAUGGAAAAUUACAUUUUAACUGUGGGAUAUUACUUUUUAACAUGCUAACACACAUCCAUUGCCACGGAUUGUAGGUGUUGUGGUAGGAAGUGCUUGCCACCCUGCAUAAUGCUGAUUUCUCAUGCACAUUGCAUGGCAGUUCUAGGGUAACUUGCACCUAGCUCACGGAUCAUGUGUCCUCAGAAAUUUUAGACAGAAAUGUUUCACAUCCAGCAGAGUCCAGGAGCUGUCCUUAAAAUGAGAGGGAGAAAAAAAAAAAAAAGUAAUUGUAUAACUCACAUUGACACAGGACACUACUUUAAGAUUUCUCUGCUGCUUGCAGUUGCUGUUUCUUCACCUGACCCUAUAUGGGCACUGUUCUUGCUGCAUUUUCUGCUUGUGGGAUCUUAAAGCUAAACUGACUAUAUGCAUUUGAGUCCUUUGAUAGCAAACUACAAAAAACAUUGUCUGCUGACUCAAAAAGUCUUCCCCAUAAUUUCUUCCUACAUUUUUUUCCUGACUUCUUUGAGCAGCUGUAAUGCAGACAUCAGCCUCUGGUUUUAGUGGAGGAGUGAGUUUUCCUUCACCAGUACCAGGUUUGUAGCAGUCUGCCAUUAGUCCACACAAACCUGAAAUUUGCUGUAGCGAUACAAAACUGUAGGGGCUGGAAGAGUCCUGGAGACAGGUAGAAAACUGGUUGUAUAAUGUCACCUGAUAUUUCCUACCAGCACAAUUACUUGAAAUUUUUUUCAGUUUUAGGAAUUCAGGAUACCUACAGGCUUUAUCUCUCCGAAGUUUCUGACCUGUUAAGUUUUGUGUUCUUCUAUAUUAAAGAAUCCAAGCUAUGUGAUAUUCUGAAGCCUACUAGAUAGUGCAUGUUAUCUGUGCUGCCUUAUUUAAUUGGAUUUGUGCUUCAUUGUCAAAUCUCUCGAGUUGCAGAGGAGGAUCUUGCUGCUGAGUGUGUGUAUAUGUACAAUGGCUUCACAAAGACAUUUUGUUCCCAUACUUCUGUAACUGUCCUUUACCCCGUGACCCUUCGUGUUUGUAUCUUUUGAAAUGCCUUUUGUCAAGUAGGUCUUGUUGCAGCCUUUUCUAGACUUUCUUUUGCUUCCUUCUUGAGAUAAAUUGCUGAGUAGUCUCAAGACUUUGCGAGACAAAGGCAGAGAGGGAAACGAGUGAAUUACACAUCUGUCUUGGGUUCUGGCUUUUUUAAGUUUCUUCCCAAAGGCAUCAGUUUUGCCAAGAGUGAAACACUGAAAAACAGGCUUUUCUUCUGUGCUGUUUUGACACCACAAUGUGGACAACAUUGAGAGGCAGAUCUUCUGUAACUCUUGACUUCCUGAGCAGGCUAGACUGAAGUGUAGUUCCUGUCAUGGAUUACUGUCAUGUUCUUCCAUCACGGGUCUCAUCAUCAGAUAUUUGAUCUGAUUGCAAAAUUAUUUUGUAAUACACUUUUCUCUCUUAAGAAGUUAAGAAACCAAGGCUUAAAAAAACCAUGCAAAUAAAAACUUGUACAUCUGUGUCUGGUUUAUAUGCUGGUCUAGGAAAAAUAUUUAUGCAAGUUUCUGAAGAAAGAUGGCAAUGGAAAGGGGAGGGCUGAUUAGCAGGAAAAACCCACAUGCUGAAGUAAUUAAACUCAAGAAUUGCAAAACCA